UUUGUGAAAGCACGGAGCGCUGCGAUGAACCACCACACUGUCCUCCCUGCUCACUCACCGAAGUAACGGCUAACGUCUCUCUAUUUGGACACCACUCCGCUUCCCACUGUUAACUUUAGAGGACUCCGCAGGAAAUUUGGAAAAACGGGUAGUGGCAGCGGGAGCAUCAUCUUCUUCAUUUGAGGUUAGGAACCGGUGUGAACUCAACAUACCUGAAUUCAGUGUGUGCACCAUGGCAUCUAAACCUCACCCUCCUCUGAUGAAGAAGCACAGUCAGACAGACUUGAUAAGCCGUCUUAAGAGCCGGAAGAUCCUUGGAGUGGGUGGCGAGGAUGAUGAUGGCGAAGUACACCGCUCAAAGAUCAGUCAGAUGCUUGGAAAUGAGAUGAAGUUUGCGGUACGAGAACCUAUCGGGCUGAGGGUGUGGAUACUAAUCUCUGCAGUGGGUUUCACAGUUAUGGCUGUGAUGGCCCUGGUGUUUCCCAACCAGCUAUAUGAGGUUGUUUUUGAGGAGGAGCUCUCCAUGACAAGCAUCUCUGUUCGCCUUUAUGGAGGAGCACUGCUCAGCCUGGCCCUCAUCAUGUGGAAUGGUCUGUACACAGCAGAGAAGAUCAUCAUUCAGUGGACUCUGCUCAGUGAAGCCUGCUACUUUGCUGUCCAGUUUCUAGUGACAUCCAUCACCUUAAUAGAGAUUGGGAUCCUGCCCAACGCUGCCAUGCUCCUCCUCCUCAGUCGAGUGCUUUUCCUGGUGGUCACUAUGGCUUACUACUACCAUCUGGGCCGUAAACCGAAGAAAAUCUGAGCUGCCUGUGUGAUACUUCCAGAGUGGGGACAGCUGAGCACAGAUAACAAAUGUGGGGUCAGGAGGUUUGGAUUAUUAUUUGACUGGGGCUUGCCAAUGGAUGCCCCCUGCCCCUUUCCGAGGGACCUAACCUAUUGCAACCCCCAGUAUUCAACAUAUGAGCAUAGUCUCACAUUCCAGACUCUACAACAAGAACAAGAAACCUCAUAGUUAAAGUGAAUUACUCUUUCACUGGGCUGUGAGGUCAAGCCCCUCUUGACACACAUUCCUCCUUUGUGCAGUGCUGAGUGCUAUUAUUAUAAAGAAGGAACUAGCAGUAGUGCAUUGCGUUCUUGUGUCACCUAGUUCUAUGAUUUCAUAUGUACAGUACGGAGUAAUUUCAAACAUCUGACUAUGUUGUUAAUGUACAGCUACAUGGUUUCCAGAUUCAGUAUUUAGUAUUACCUGUUUGAUACAACAUUGCAUCUUGACACCGCUUCUUAAUCAUACUCAAGGACCAAGAGUUUGUGCUAUAAUUCAUUACCUGUUUGAUGCUGUUGAUGCUUAACUCAAACUGUAUGUAUGCCAAAGUGAAGCCUGGAUAUCUGUGCUCUUGCAUGCUUCUCUGACAGCUCUCCAGUGAACACACUGAAUGGCAAAAGCAUCAACUGUGCUAGAUUCAGGGGCAGUCAGAUAAGCUAAAUGCUGGAUGAAUUACAAAAACCCUUUUCUUACACUGCUGAAAGCUUUCUUGUUCCAGCACACUGAGGAAGCUCCUCAAGGUCAGUUUAUACUCCCAAUCAUGCCCAUCAAUCAUUUUCAGAUUUAGGCUACCCAAAAUGAAAUGCUGAAUUAAAACAUUUUUUCAGGGACACAUUGAGUUUUUUAUUCCUGAGGUAUCAGUCAUGAGGUUCUACCAAAGUGAAUAGGAAUUGUUUUGUACAGAAUAUUUACACUUCUGACGUUAAUACACAUAAUGUUGAUGAAUGCGCAUCGUUCUCCUCUUGGUGUGUGUGCACUGUUAGGCAGGACUUUAGCCCGAGUGAUCUUAUAGAAAGUAUUUUAACAUUCUGACCUUUACUGUAUAGCUUGUGUCACAAGCCGAGCAUGUCGGUGUGCAGGGUAAACAAACCUGACCUGGUUCCUCUUUAGUGAUGUAGCACAGUUUUUUACAUAUACCAUAUCCUUAGUCUUGCCUUAAAACUACUUAAAAGAACAGUCAUCAACACUGCAUCCUACUUCUUGUAUAUAUGUAAAUAAAAUUAUUUACUAUUAUGUGGUGUUCUUGUGAACCGAACAGGGAACUUGUUCAAUAUUAGUUGAAUGAUUUUCAAAGUUUGAUCUUUCUCUUGCCGUGUCUUAUUUUGUACCUUUUCAAGUGACAUUUGUGUUUUGAUGUCCUGCAUGCAAUAUAAUCCACCAAAAGAAAUGGCUCAAACUGUGUAGCAAGCCACCAGCUAGAAUGAAAAACUGAUAAAGAUGGUAAUGGGGAUGGAUGGAUGUAUUAGCCAAAAAUGAAAAGCCUGAAAAGGAAAAGCUGAUUUUUAAGGUAGUUAAACUCUGCGCUUUAAAACAGACAUAACCCAUCAUUUGACAGUUUUCACCCAAUCAAUUUGUUCAAAACAUUGUCUACCUCCCAAUUCAUGGGCUGCCCUCAGGUCGGUGACAUCACGGCUCAGUUUUAGAGUUGUGCUAGCAAUGCUAACUCUGACCUCUGCAGCUCUCAUACCCUUCAGCACCCACGGCCAGUCAAAAAGACAGUCUAAAGAUAGUUCAUUCAUUUUGUAAAUUUAACUUCAAACAUUAUUUUGAGUUGAACAAGGAACAUACUAAAGUACUCAUACUAAAAGCAUCAUCCAAAGGUGGUCCAUAUUGUUGCAAAUGACCAUGUCGAGUCCUGCUCCAGAAGGGAGUGGUCUUGAGGUCACAGUGAUUGUGGGUUUCCAGAUACAAGUCCAGCGCUGAAGGCAGAUGUGUUUGUUACUUGGGUGAGCUUUCGGUUCAGAUAGGGAACGUGAAACAUGGGUGAGGUCUCCCAUACUCCUAAAAAGUAGUAAUUAUCCUUUUUCCAGUGUUUAAUUAGAUGCAACUCUCCUGAGUGACAUCGUGUGCCCCAACCUACCACUCUGUCCUGUCUAGCAUGGUAAUUAUGGAGUUCAAGAAAAAUGUCAUUCCAUUUCCGUCGAUACUACAGGCCUCAAAUCAUCAGCUUUGUGAAAUGUUCAAAGGUCUGUAAGCAGGUUAUUUUAGGAGAGAUGGGCAGUUUCAGGGGGACUGGCAGCAGGAGGGAGGCAAAGAAAUGGCUCUUUCAUCUUUCUGGUUCUCUGACAAAUUAGUCCAGAUUUUGCAUUGGUAAAUUGUGUCCUUGAAAUUUUAGAGGAAUGGUAAGUUGAGCUAUUUGUUCCCUCUGAUGUAGUUCCAAAAUAUAUUGUACUGUUGUGGCUAGUAUACCAGGUCAAACUGUUUGAAGUUGUAGCAUUGUGUUUUUAUGUAUAUAUGUGCUAUACUGUACCUCAAAAAUGAAUUGUUAUGAAUUUCCACAUAUAGUUUGAAAUAAAGAACACUUUUGUUUAUUUUGAAGACUUCAA